ACCAACGGUGAAACCGGACAUCUACCCUCCAUAUGAUAGCAGAUGGCGACAAAUGGGUGCAAAAAGGAUGGUGGAUAGGGAUGUGGGCUUUCUCACCAAGCCUAUGAUAGAUGAAGCUACGGUGAUGGAUGACAGGCAGAGAUUACAGACCAUGGCAGAGCUAAACAAAGUGGGACAAUCAGAAGAGCAGGCUUUUCUGGAAAACAGGAGAGCAAGAGAGGAAGCAAGGAGGACGGAAGCAAAGGGAGGUAAAGAGGAGGAUGGGGGCGAUAGUGUGCAGGAAAGUAAGACUGGGUCAAAGAGUAGGAGAAUGAGAGAGGAGGAGUCUGUGGGGGAAGAGGGAGACGGGGUCACCGGGAGUGAGGACAAGGGAGGAGAAUCAUCAGCCUCUCUUAAGGGGAAAAUUACAGAUAGGGAUUCAGCGAAAGGUGACAGCUCAUACCAAGGGUCAAAGAGGGCAUAUUCAGGGAAGGGAAACGAUGGUUUAUCUUCAGAGGGGGAAAAAGAUCAGGAUGAUGCUAUGAAAGAAAAAGGUAAGGAGGAUCAGGGUUCUCAGGGGGAAGAAAUGAAAGUUACAACCUCUUCAGAGGGCACGUCAACGACAGCUUCAACGGAUCAACGAACAGAUCAAGGGCCUGCAAUAGGUCGAGUCAGAUCUACAAAAGCAUCAUCGCCCGAGGUUUCGAAAAACACAGCACAAGAUCUGGGGGGGAAGACUGUUGAAGGGGAAGGAAAAAUGGCACAGGAUUCAGAUAGAGAUUUGGAUAGGGAUAGUGACAAGAGGCAGGAUGAUUGGGAGGAGGAAGAGGAGGAAGAAGAGGACGAACCGGAAACACUAGCUCAGUGGAUAAAACAUGUUCACAAAUUAAAGUGGGAGAGGCAUAUUGAGUGUGAGAUUCGUCUGGCACAUCACAAACAUUUGCGCAAUCUGAAACAAGCCACAGCAGCGGGGGAGGACAUUACAACAGCAAACAAAUUCGAAAGACUCAAGAAUGAGCAAGAUGUUAACGAGUUCUAUGCCACGCAAUAUGGAAUGAAGGCCAGGCUGGACAAGAACGACAUCAUGGUGCACAAUGCAGGCUACGCUAAACAGUUCAUUUGGCCGAAGUCCUAUCAGCCACAGGGUCUGAAGAGAGCUGAGCAAAAGAGAAGGGCGCAACAACAACAAUUGGAGUUUUCGGGUAGUAGGGAUCAGGAUUUGUCAGAUUCCACUCAGGGGGUGGGGGUGGAUGAACCGAUGGAGGAGGAAAAGAGGCAGGCAGUGAUCUUGGAGGCACAACUGAAGGUCCUCAAGGAGCAGAAUAGCGAAUUAGGGGAAGACACUAUAAAUCUGCAGAAAAUUGCCUAUGCUCCACAUGCAGACAUCAAUGCAGCAGCCAAACUGUAUGCAAGACAAGACCCAGGGAAGAGAAUUGUUCUGCCGUACAGAUGGAACAGCGGAAAUGCUGAUUGGGAGGUAGCCAUCCACAGGUCUCUGGCAUUGAUUACAGUAAAGGACAGCCACUGCGAGCAUGUCAUAUUGAAGGAACAUAUCACAAAAGAUCUGCCUUUGAAGGCACACGUCAUUGGUGAUCUCAACCGGGAUAGGGAAGAAUGGGAAGAUACGGAGGGUACAAAGCACAUGUUGGAUUACAGACCGGUCAUGAUUAAGUUACAGGAAAAGGCAGUCCUGACGGAUGGAUUCAUCUGGAUGCCAUGGCAGGUAGUGGAGACGAUUCCAUAUGGUCUCCUGGGAGGGUCGGAGGCGGCAGAAUGGGUGGCAAGAGGAGCAGCCAUAGUGACCAAAAGUGAUGUAUUUGCAUGGCAGCCUGAUUACAUUGACGGAAAGAUAGACAUUGUGGCUACAACAAUAGAGUGGACACGGACGAGAUGUUGAGUACUGAAUUCGAAUAAAGGUCAAAGGAAAUA